AUGUCAUGCGAAGUCAAAACAUUUGGCCAAAUCCGUGAUUUUAACAAAGUGCAGGAAUACUUCGGUUUGGGUCAUGAUGAAAACUGGUUAAAAGCUGUAAACUAUGCCAUUUCACCAACGGGUGAGCUCAUCGCUUUUGGGCAGGGUGAAAAAUUGGCAUUGCUCUCAUCCCAGUGGGAUAAUAAAAGUCAAGUUAGUACUUAUGUUCUCAGUUGGUGUGGUGAACUGGAUGAUCCCAACCAAAUUAUCACAGCCUUACUUUGUCUGCCAAUUUAUGGCAAAGGUGUUAGCGCUGGCGCUGAGUGGACUUGUAUAGCGAUUGGUCUUAACUCAGGCAUGGUAUUAUUUUACACCGACGCUGGCAUCAAAAUCUUUUCCCAAUGUUAUCAUGAAGAUCCAGUGCUGUAUAUUAAAGCUUAUAGUCCACCACGACAUUCCGAAGCCGAUUCAUUUAUGUACAUAACUUACGAUGAAUGCAUGUGCAUUAUUAAGGGUGCUGAAUUGUUUCCAUUGCUAAUAAAUUCACGCAUUAAUUUCAAUCGCACAUUUGGUCGCAAUGCGGCAAGUGAUACGGCAGGCCUACCAGCCGCUGAUUUAUUGAAGUAUCAAAAAUUUAUGUUUUCUGGCAAAAAUGGUGGUAUAAUUAACGAUGCUGCACUAACCGGACCGCGUUCAAUUACUGCCUAUGAUCAUAUCAUUGAACAGGCUACUGGUAUAGGAUACUAUGCUAAAGUCAAUACUACGCCUAGACAACAUUCAAUGGUUGUGGGUGUAGGAGCUGAGCCAUAUAUCGGUUUUUAUUAUGCCGAGGAAGGAUAUCGUACAACAUCAUUAGGUGAAGUUGCUAAGGGUGUCAUAGACAUGACCUAUCGAAGUGUCUGGGGCAAACUAUUCGGUCAACCUGAGAGGCAGGAGGAACCGGCUCCUAAUCCGUCGAAGGAAUCAAAGAUGCGUACCCGUUGCCAAUUUCAUGAUGGAAAGCGUGAUGGCUACACUAUUGUGCUUUCUCCGAAUGGCAAACUUGCGGUUGUAACCGAUAAUUUAGAUCGUGUGGUACUAGUCGAUGUUCAACGUGGCAUUUUGCUGCGUGUAUGGAAGGGAUAUCGUGAUGCUCAAUGCGCAUUUGUACCAAUAAAAGAGCGUUCCCUAAAGGGCAUAAAAACCGAACAUCGCAAAGCGCUUUUCCUUAUUAUCUACGCACCGCGCUUAGGUUGUUUAGAGAUUUGGGCUUUGCAAAAUGGACCAAAAGUAGCAGCCUUCACGGUUACCAAAAGUGGUCAAUUGGCAUACAAUACACACGGGUUAAUGGGUGUCACGCCUGGUGUGAAAGUGAAGUCAUCGACACCAAACUAUUGCCUUUUCCUAGACCCAAGCGAUGACAGUGUUAAAGAGAUACAAAUACCCUUUCAUUUUGCUUUGAGUGAAAGCAAUUCGAAAACUUCACGUGACGUACAUUUGUUUAGACGGCUUAAGACUCUUCUGCGCGAUUUGGAUAAUACUGCCAAUAUUGAUGAAAUUGUAAAAUUAGCUGCUGAUUUCCAGACAAUUGAAGUGCGCCAGCAAUGUUUAGAUAUGUUAAAAAAAAAUAAGCAAUUGAGACCGAAAAUGUUUCAAAAAAUCGUGACUGCCUUUGCCGAUUCCUUACAUUCCGAAGCUGCAGCAGAGGAAAACCAGGACAAUGAAGAGUGUGAACAUUUCAAGAUUAUAAUUGACAAUUACAAACGCUUAGCCGAAUUUUAUGUGACCAUAAAAGAACCCAUUGAAGCAGAAUUCGAUGAUUACUUAGAAUUGGAUGACUGUGAUUUGGUGACAAUUAAUCAGAUUGUAUUGUUGCUUGGCGAUAAACAUGUACUGCCAAACCCUGAUAGCAGCGAACCAAUUGCGCAGCACAGCGGGAAAGUGACGUUCCAAGAGCGCUGUCAAGAAGAUGGCGAUUUUGUAGAUUUUCUUGCUAUUUUCCAAAUGGACAUUGAAAAUAGUUUGCCUUUACUACGUGAAAAAAGUGAUAGUUUUGGUUAUAUUAGUGGGCAGCUAUUAAAAAACUUUUUUGAAUACGGUCUGUGUUUCGAAGAAUUGAAGUUAGCUAUUACGAAGUCAAAAAUACCUGCAGAUGACAUGAUGGUAUUGGCGCUACACUUUUGGAUGGAUAGACCUUUUAGAUAUCAGAACUGUGAUGAAGUAAUUGCGGAUAUGUCGCGUUUGGCAGCUAUGAUAAGGGCGAUAUGUGAAUUAGCAGGAGAUCGGGUCUGCGACUAUGCCUACAACGCAAUUUCUCAGUGGUGGCAAGAUAUACGUGAAAUAAUUUUGGAAAGUCCUAAAUCGCUUGGCUUGCUAGCGGCUAUCGUGUGCAAGAUAGUGGCCUCUAAAUUGCGCCGGGAAUACAGAGAGGGCUCGUGUGAUGAAGGCUCACAAACAGAGGAUGAAGAAAAGUGGGAACAGAUAUCGCAUGAUCAAGCACAAUGGGGUUUGUUAAUCGGCAAGUUGGAAGAUAUUUCUAUACUUGGCGCUACUGUGGAGUAUCCAAUUCAAAGUGCUGAACCCGUUAUGCCCGAACUACCUUAUAAACCGCCAGAUUGUAGCCUAAAAUUUAUUGUCAAUGGAGGCAAAGGUAUUGUUACGGAUCUCGCCGCUCAAUGGUUAAUCAAUUCACGCAUCCAUCCUUCAAAAAUUGCUGCAGUAGAUUUAAUAGUAGAUGAAAACAGUGCCCAAGAGUGUUUUGAGACGCCAGCGAAGAAGGCAGACGUCGUUGAAACUGCAGACACAGAUGAGCAACAAGUCAUAGCUGACAAGAAAGAAGAACAAAAGUCCGCUGAAGACCCUGUGCUGAAAAAAUUAAAACUGCUCCGUGAACAUUUUCCAUUCAGUUUAGAAACCGGCAUGCUGCUUAGCACGAUGUCAUGGCAAUAUAUGGUGCAUUGGAGCAAAAACCUGCCACAUUUGGAGUAUAUGCGUGCUUCACUCACAUGUAUGUCUCAAUUCAAACCAGAAGAUUAUGCCCUAAAGCAUGGUAUUUGCUGUAUGCUCUGGAAUGCUACAUUAAAGUACCCCCUACAAUCCACCAUGAAACUAAUACAUAAGGCAGGUCGUUUACCGAAGGAUAAAAUGUGUCAGCAGGAUAUUGAAAUGUCGUCAUCAUCGGUACCCAACUUUCUGGAAUUAUGUUUAGAAUUUUUAGAACAUUUCACUACAUCGUUAGACCACAAUAGUCGUGAGUUGAAGUUCGAGGAAUCGUUAACGGAAGGUCCGCUGCCCUUACAGUACCUUGCUUUGCAACAGCAUAACGCUAUUGAAGAAUUACUGCAACUGCACCACGAGCUCUGUGCUGUAUUGCAUUUGAUUGCAGCAUUGCAGUUGAAAAUGCCCAAACCAAUUACAAACGUUUUCGAUGGCAUGGCAAAUAAGACAUUCUUCAGUGAUAUUAACAAAGAAUUGUUGUAUGAACUACCAGAGGCAGAUUUAGUAUUGCAACAGCAGCGUGAGCAUUUCCUAUGCAAAGCUAUAAGUGCCUCAAUGGACCUGAUACGGGAAGACUUUGAACAGUUGUACAUAGCAGAGCACAUGGAGUUUAUGGAUAAGAUAAUGGCUUUGGCGGAGCGUUGGAAAUUGAGGAAAAUCGGGCUUAUUCGCCAACAAGCAGUGGAAAUGUACGCUCAUGGUUACGAUGAGCACGGUGAAGUGCUCCUGAAACAAUUGGUCGACGAUGAACAUGUUGCGCGCUUGCUACUAGAGAUCGCUGGUAGACGUUUGAAUUUAAUUGCGGACAGCUCACGCGAUGCCUAUAUGAAUAUUGCUUCAGUAGGUCAACAACUUCUUCAUUAUCUGGAUAGGCUGCGUGAAACACAUAGCGGAGGCAUUCAAAUAUCUGAGUUCGAAGUGAACCCAGGAAGUUUAGUUGCUUUAUCAAAACUAAUAACACAUUGCUUUGAAAUACUCUCCCAAAGAGAGCCAACGAAAUAUCUACAUCUUGCAGGACAGAUGUUCGAUGCGGUUUCUAUAUUGCAAGACUAG